ACUGCCGCUCGCUAUCUUGCUCCUGGAGACCGAUUGCUGUGCUGGUAGCGGUGGUAGGCUAGAGCUCAACUUCGAACUUGAUCCGUUGGAGCGGCGGGUAAUAGGGCUAUUGCGGCGCUGAUGGGACGGGGAGUCGCUAUCAGAGCACUGAUAAUGAAGAAGGGGUGGGUGAUGCGGCCCAACAGUUUGGGACUGAUAUCGGCAGGCGUGAAUUGCGGCGUAGCCAGGCGACCAGAAGGGGGAAAAGGGAUUCCGGCGGCUGAAGGGUGGAACUGGAAGACGGUCGCAUUAGCUCGGGCGCUUAUUUCUUGCUCUCGGCAGACCCCCAGGAGAUUUGCAUCUCUGAGGCUACCUUCUGCCACAUCUGGUCUUUAAAUCUAUAGACAAUGUUAGUUAGAGCUUAGAGACUUAAAGGGCGGUAGUUAAGAAUUAGGGCCUACCGAGCAUAGAGUCUCGCUAGCUUAUUUUUCUUCUUUUCGUCC